AAGGAGCUUCUAGCAGCUCAACACGCGCAGCAGGUCCCGGCGGUCCCAGCCACGAUCCCAGCGAAGCCGGCGAAGAUCCAGACGGCCACGGUCCCUGCGCGUACGGUGAAAGUGCCGAAGGCAGUGCAGGCAAUGCCCAGGUGGCCUACUUCGCUUGAGGACCUUUUGGGCCAUCGGAUUCCUCCAUUGCGAAGUCAAGCUAUUGGGCCACAGGAGGAAGAGCUGCAGAUGGAAGACCAGCGCCUUCGCGAAGAGGACAGUCGCCUGAGGCAAGAGAACGAACGCUUGCAGCAUGCCCUGCUAGAAUUGAGCAGUGCUACCAAUCGCAGCGGAACCGUGGCAGAAGAUAUGGCAACAGUCCUGACCUCCCUUUUGGAAGAGCCGACGAAACCUCCAAAGCAUGCAAAGCUGCCCCAUGCUGGCAACAAGACCUAUAUGGGAACGGGCUCCCAUGAAAUGGAUCCAAAGAAGCGGGUCAUGACCGUGAGCCUCAUCAUUUGUGGUUUCAUUUGCUUCAUCGUCUACGUUGCCUACCAUGCAUAUGUCUUUUUCAGAAACGUUCGAACAGAUCCUCAUGGAGAUGGCGUGGUGGACUAUGAGGAUGUCAGGGAGUUCUUUGCCGAGCUCAUUUGUUGCGGUUUGAGCUACUCUUCGGCUGUCAAUAUGUCCUUCGUCUUUGUGAUCGCAGGUGCAGGCUUCGGCUUCCUGUGGUGGCAAGGGAUCAUUCAGCCCUUCUUGAAGGAGCUCGCUUGCUAUGUUUACCUUGGAUUGAUUGUCUCACUCUUGGUGGGUGUGAUCUUUGCAGAGCUCUGGUCGAAGUUUUUUGACGUAUUUAGCGCUCAAAUGCAAGCGAUGGAAAAGAUCAUGGGCUUCUUGAGGAUUGACAAAGCUCAGGACUUUGCCAAAGAAAUCUUCCACGAUGCCCAAGAGCCUUGGCAGGAACACGAUGGGGGUACAGGCAAUAGACCAGAAUGGUGGAUGGUGACAGCAUGGAGAAGAUGCGGGAUGUUUGUUUUUCUCUUUGAAUGA